AACAAACUGACGAGGGGUCUUCUUGACACAGACGCCGUUAGAGCCACGGGACUUUGCGUGCGAAGUUUGCACAGCAGAGAUCGGGACCAAGCCGGAGAUAUCUCGACCACAUCCACGGCAUUCUCGCUUCAAGGAGGGAGGUCUGCGAUCAUGCUGUCGCUGGACGAGCCUCUGGACCUGAAGCUUCCUCGGAGGGCCAACGGGAAGGACAGAGAGGCGCGCAAUCCUCCUCUCUCACCGCUGCACCCCAAACAUGCUCGCCAGCUCCACAUGGCAGAUGAUGGGACAGCAGUCAUAGAGCCUGCCUCACCAGCAUCUCCACACACAGGCGUGCAGGUGGUCCCUCAUGAUCGAACAGACACUCCCACCCCCCCUGCAGUGGACCUGAGCAUGUCUCCAUCCUCCCGCCACACCCCAAGCUCUCCAGAAAUGACCAACGGAAACUACAUCCCUUCAGGCAAUUCUCAUAUCUCACAGGCCUUCCAGUUCUUUGUGCCAAUAGGACAUGGGACAGGACUUCACCUUCCAUCCUCUAUGUUCAUUGGCCAGACUAGUGACAAGAGAUCCUCUCCAGAUCUUUCAGCAGAUGAACAGCUAGCCUGUCGUUGGAAGAAGUGCCAUCUGCUGUUUGACUCCCUGCAAGACCUGGUGGACCACGUUAACGACUUCCACGUCAAACCUGAAAAGGAUUCUGGGUACUGCUGCCACUGGGAGGGCUGUGCUCGCAAAGGGAGAGGGUUUAAUGCUAGGUACAAAAUGCUCAUCCACAUUCGCACUCACACUAAUGAGAAACCCCAUCGCUGUCCCACCUGCAACAAGAGCUUCUCGCGCCUGGAGAAUCUCAAGAUACACAACCGCUCACACACAGGUGAAAAGCCCUACAUUUGUCCGUAUGAGGGUUGCAACAAGCGCUACUCCAACUCCAGCGACCGCUUCAAACACACACGCACGCACUAUGUGGACAAGCCCUACUACUGCAAGAUGGUGGGCUGCUUGAAGCGCUACACAGAUCCCAGCUCUCUCCGCAAGCACAUCAAAGCCCACGGCCACUUUGUGACUCAGGAGCAGGGCUCCUCGGGUGGAGUGGGCUCCCUGUUAAAGGGAAGUCAGAGCGGGGGGUUUACUAGUGGUGGUGGGAAAGAUUCAGAGUUGUCCUAUGUGAGUGGAGCCCACAUUAUAAUCCCAGGGGCAGCGGCUGCUCUCCUGGGAGGCCAUGCUCUGCAGGGCCUGGGUGGAAGCCUGCCCCUGUCCCCACUCAGUUCUCGGCCCCUGGACCUCAGCACACUGGGCUGUGCCAACUCCCCUCCUGGCAGCUUGGGAGGAACAUCCAUCCUCUCUUUCAACGGCUCCCCGCUGGGUCUCACAAAGUCCCAUCUUCUCUCCCCCGCGUUUCCCUCCUCGGCCCUGGGCCUGCCGAUGGUGCCGGUUCUGGGGCCCGCAUCCGAGUGCAGGGCCCAGAACCACCAUGCAAAGAAGGGCAAAGGAGAGGAGGCAGAGAAUGAGGUGACUGGGGGGGCCCUGAACCUCUCCACAGGAGGGUCUCAUGAUCCUUUGUCCUGGGUCGUCAUCCCCCCAGGCACUGUGGUGCUCAAGCCAGCUGUGGUCAACUGAUACACACACACACACACACACACACACACACACACACACACACACACACACGUUUUACUAACACACAUUCCAGAAGAGCUCAGGGGGUCGGGAUGGGAGGGUCAAUGCCAUAGUGAGGGUCUGGGCAGUCAAAGGUGAUAGGGAUUGGCUCGCACAAUCAAAUCCAGGCAAUGCAUUGGGAUAGAGACACUUAAAGAAUAAAAGCAUACUUAUCAAAUCGGCAAUCAGCAAAACAAGUGAAAAUACUACACCUCACAAGAAUGAGCGUGCAACAGAAGGCUAUCGCAUUGUUGGCAAAAAACUAAACUUGAGGCCCAAAUGCUCUGUUCAGGAAACUUGUAUGGCUAAGGCCUUACAACAGGCUCCUCUUUCCUCUCUUAUUUUAUACUCUACUCAUUCCUGUUUGCUGUUUCUAUGGACAAGGACCAUGAACGUGACAGUCUUAGUGCUCUGUGUUCUUACAAAAGUCCUCCUUCAUUGACAAGUAUUUAUAAGACUGUACUUUGACAGUGUGCCUCCAGCUUUGCAGUGAGAUACACACACAAACACACACACACACACACACACACACACACACAUACAAAAUAAGUGACGCGCUCACAUUUAGGCAAACAGGGGGAUUCUCAAAUCACUUUAAAGUUUUGACCUAUUUCUCGCAGGGCGCUGUGAUUAAUAUGAUCCAGACAAGCUUGCCAAACCAAAGCAAGUGAACUCAAAUGUAUUUGUGCGGGGGGACGAGACCAUUAAACACAGCGAAUAAUAGCGUCAACUGGCUAUAGUAUCGAAACCUCAAAACUGCUGCUAACUAUUGACAAUCUGUCCCCAGUUUGGGGAGAGGGUGACCAACACAGACCAGCCUAGUCCACCAGAAUGUGUACGAGGUGUGCAGACUAGGGGCUUUUAGGGGCACGGAGCAAACUGAGGACAUAACAUAGACAAACGGUGUUACAUCACCUGGCAAUCACCAAUCGAUUUUCAAGUGAGAUUUAAGGCACUGUGGUGUAGCCGACACCCUCCAACCCCCCUCCUAGUAGGACGUGACACACACGACAUCCUGCUUGCCUUUUACAGAACUAGCACUGUUUUUUUCUCUUGGAUUGUCCAGCUGCUUUCUCGUAAUUGAAUCAACACGGCCAUCUUGCGUAUGAAAGGGCCACUGUGGCGAUAAACACUACUGUCUUGUUUUUUUUUGUUUUUUUUUAAGUAACCCGACCCAAAACCAGCUGUGAAAAACAGGUGGUCGUCCAGUCGAGGUCCAACCCGGAGCCGUCGGUCGAAUAUUUGUCCUGAGUUCAACAAGUUUUCACGCUGUGCCAAAAGUACCUGGAAAACUGCAAGCGGGAUGUUCGCAUUGUGCCACAUGGGAGGGGUGGAGGUGUGUUUGGGCGGGGGGGUGUUGUGCACUCAGUGCCACAUACAGCUGGACUGACUAUGAAGCCACACUAUUGCAAACUGCCUCAAUUUACUCUGUCCAAAGGGGCAAAAAUGGACAAAACAACAACAAAAAAAGACUCAUUUAACUUCUGGGAAACUUCUCAUGGUUUGAUAAAGCUGUCGACAUGCACUUAUCACAAACUAUAUCCCUUGUGUGUUCUUAUGAAAUGUUACACGGUUCUUUGAUCAGUUGUUUUGCUCUCAGUCCAUUUUUUUUCCUGCUGUGGGUCCUUCCAGACGCCUGUCGCUCAGUAAUUGUCCGUGACACUGACUUUGAUUGCUGCGUGCACAGAAGAGAGAGGUCGAGGAGCGGGAGAGGAGGAUCAUAACACAAGGAACAUUCCCUCAAGAGACUGACAUAAACCCCAGCCCUCCUCUCUCUUCACUCCUCCAUCUCUCCCCUCUCCUUCCGCUUCAUUGGCUGUCUCCUUUUUUCAUCACUUUAUCCAAGGGGGCGAUACAUUUAGUUAUUGCUGUUUCGUGUUUUUUUUCUCUCUCUUUUUGUUUUGCUGUUGUUCAGACGAGACAUUUUUUCUAAUGUUGAAGAUGCUUCUUGUGUUCUGUCAUGGCUUCUCUGCAAAUCAGCUUUCUGCUGUCGAGGAUGAGUCUUUCGAGAGGUCGAAGAGUCGAAGAGAGGGAGAGCUUUGGUUGGUUUUCCAGCAGCAGUGGUCCCCAAUCUGACAUCUGGGAGACAAAAGGGAUAUUAUUAUAAAUCUGAAGGGUCGGGUAAUAAUUUUUAAAAACUUUAAAAAUGCUUCAGUAGAUCAGUGGAUGACACUAAGUCUGUUUGCCAGCCUGUUAUUUUGCCAUUAGACCUAUAUGUGAAUAAUCUUUAGUCUUUCUAGAAUAAUGAAUCCAGUGUGAUUCUUUUGCCCCUCAGGAUCAUUUUAAUAAUUCAAGUGAUCUCUAUCAUCUAGUGCUGUCAUCCACCCAUCCAUCCUCUUCAGGAUUAGUAGGGGUGCUGGCGUGUAUCCCAGCUUUUACUGGGCAAAAGGACAGCUCACCAGUCUGUCACAGGGCUAACAGAGAGACAGACCACUGUUCACACCUAUGGCCAAUUUUUUCCAUUGUAGUAUGUUAUCAUGUACUUUAACACACUGCCUUUCCCGAGCGUAACCUCACAGAGACAGUUAAGUCCUCAGUGUGGUUUCCUAUACAGUGUCACAAACUCCUUAACUCCUCCCCCGUGGAUGCCUUCUAUGGGUAACCUUUGUUUCUCUUUGAUCUGAGUCUUUUCUGUCAUAUUGCAGAUCUGCUUCCAGAGCAAAAUGACUGGGUUUGAAUCAGAAGUGAGCUCUGCCUAUACAGCUUACCAAGGCUACCCUUGGAAAAAAACAUAGAACCUGCUCUAAUGAUCGUCAAACAACGUCUUUAUUGAUAUGUAAAGGGCGACGCUGUUAAAUUUCUUAAAGAGUUAAAAUGAAACCGUGUUGUGAGGAACGGUAUCAGUGUUUGGGGGAUCUGCUGAACAUAUAUUAAGACUAAGACCAUACACUGUGCAAAAAGACAAGGUGGCAGACACAGUGAUCUGUAAUCUGUUCAGUAGGUUUGGGUUCAAAUGAAUGAUGUCCUUGAAAAUGUGGAUUUUCUAUCAAUAGAUGUGUGCAAUUUUCAUGCAGAACAAACAAGAGGCAGCACUUCCAAAACUUUACAGAUUCUACCAAAACCUGGAAACCCUGAUUUCGAGGCCAUAACUGCAGAUUUGAUCCCUUUUGUCUUAAGCCAAAAGGUUGGAACCACUGCUUUGACAUUACAGUCCUCCAAGACAAACACACCGGUGUGUGCCACUGAGGGAGUGUGAGCAUAAUAAAUGUCUUUAUUGAGAGAGUAUCCGAAACAAAAAAA